CGCCCCGCAGAGCAGCGUGAAUAUGGCAGCUCCCAGUGUUCGAUGUGUCGGGCGCUCGCUGUCAGCUGGUUUACCUGGAUUUCUCAGCACGUGUGCACUUUUAAAGUCGUCUAGACGCGGAGAUAUUUCGGCUUUGACAGUUUGUUGGACUCGCAGUUUUGUAACGAGGGGCAGUUUAAGCUGGUGGAGGCAUGGUAGAGGAGUGACAUUGAAGGGGCCAUCAGAGUUGAGGAGCCACUUCCACACCACCUCUGUAAGUCAUCAGCAGGACUUCUAUGAGAUUCUGGGGGUUCCUCGGACAGCCACUCAGAAAGACAUUAAGAAAGCGUACUACCAGUUAGCCAAGAAGUACCACCCGGACACAAACCCAGAUGACCCCCAAGCAAAAGAGAAGUUUGCCCAGCUCGCAGAGGCAUAUGAGACCCUCAGUGAUGAGCUUAAAAGGAAGCAGUAUGACACUUACGGUUCUGCUGGUCCAAGCUCGAGUGGGGCGGGGCAGCAGCAGUACUGGAGAGGUGGGACAACCGUGGACCCAGAAGAGCUGUUCAGAAAGAUCUUUGGAGAGUUUGCGGGAGGGCGUGGCUUUGGAGACCUCAACUCCAUGUUUGAACAGACACCUGAAUUUGUGAUGGAGCUGACGUUCAUGCAGGCUGCUAAGGGCGUGAAUAAGGAGAUCACGGUGAACAUAGACGAUAGCUGUCCGCGCUGUGAUGGUAAAGGUCAUGAACCAGGAACUAAAGUCUCGCAUUGUCACUAUUGCAAUGGCACAGGCAUGGAGUCUACAAACACUGGACCCUUCAUGAUGCGCUCUACGUGUAGGCGGUGUGGGGGGCGGGGCUCUAUCAUCAUCACGCCUUGCAUCAUGUGCAGAGCAACAGGACAAACCAAGCAGAAACAAACUGUUGUGGUGCCUGUACCUGCAGGUAUUGAAGACGGACAGACGGUAAAAGUGCCGGUUGGGAAGAAGUACAUGUACAUCACAUUCAGAGUCCAAAAGAGUCCAGUAUUUCGUCGUAAUGGACCUGAUGUCCACUCUGAUGUGAUGAUUUCAGUAGCCCAGGCCAUUCUGGGGGGUGCAGCUAGAGCACAGGGCUUGUACAGCACCAUUGACAUUGCGAUUCCUCCAGGCAUUCAAACAGACCAGAAGAUCAGACUGGCUGGAAAAGGCAUCCCACGCAUUAAUAGCUUUGGUUACGGAGACCAUUACGUACAUAUCAAAAUUAAAAUUCCCAAGAAGCUGACACAGAGGCAGAGAAUGCUGCUGAUAAGUUAUGCCGAAGACGAAACGGACAUGGAGGGAAGUGUUGAUGGAGUAACCAAACCAGCCGCAGGUAGCUCUCAGACCGGACAGACCUCAGAAUCAGCACAGAACAGAGAGGAAGAGCCAGAGAAAGAAGGUAAAAGAUCUUCAUGGCACUAAACAUUUGGGGUGUAUUUCUCUUCCUUUUGGUUGGACAAAUGGAAAGAAGUACAGUAUGUGGAACCGAACAAACACAAUCGCCCAGUAGAGGACAUCUCUAUGAAUUCGGAGGAGGAAAAUCUGAAUUGUCCCUAUUCUGGCCCAUUUAAAAUUAGGGAUUCGAAGUGGAGGGAAACCAAUUUUCCCCCAAUUCUCAACCUAAUGAAGACACAAGCCAGGCCUCUCUGUGCUGAAUGUGUGCUAUCGAUUGUUUUUGUGGCGGAUACCUGAUCAUUUUGCUAACAAAUAUCUGUUUUAAUAUAUACUUUGUGUUUGUAACUCACUGUCAAGCAGACAUGCUGUCACAGAAUUAAGCAAUAAAGUACAAGAGGAUGUACUUUUGAGUCCGUUUUGAAGAACUUUGUGAAGCAUAUUGCACAGGAGCACCUUCCUGAAGGAAUGUAACUUGCAUUUAGACACUUUUAAGACAGAUUUGUUACCUGAGAUAAAUUAUGUCCCGCUGAAUGAUGCUGAGGGCACGAAAAGCUUUUCGGUAUCAGCCAUCUUGAGCUGUGACAUCAAAUGCU